AUGUCUGUCGAACUCGACCCGCCGGAGCUGGGCUUCAAGCGUCCCUUCCAACAGGAGGUCACGCAGACGCUCAAGCUGAGGAACAACCACUCGGACCCGGUGGCAUUCAAGGUCAAAACUACCGCUCCCAAGCAAUACUGCGUGCGACCAAACUCUGGCCGUAUUGAGCCAGGCGACCAUGUCGAAGUGUCAAUCCUCCUCCAGGCAAUGAAGGAAGACCCGCCACCAGAUGCGAAGUGCCGCGACAAGUUUCUCGUGCAGUCGGUUCUUGUUACUGCAGAUAAGGAGUUCACUAACGUUGCCUCCCUUUGGUCAAACAUCGAACAGACAGCCAAGUCCUCAAUCCAAGAGAAAAAGAUCAGGGUCAUCUUCCUCCCUGCCGACGGCAACAUUUCGACACCCCAGACCAACGGCGCCGCCUCCCACCGCGAGUCCUUGCUUUCGUCGCCCUCACCCGAGGCUGUCACGCCCCAGCGAGGUUCCACCGAGCAGCCCGUUGGAUCCGUUUCGCGCCCAGAAUCUCGUCCCGCGGAGAGCAAGAAUCUGGGAGAGGCUCGCGAAUCGGCUUACAACCCAGCCACUUCUUCUGGUGUAGCGGCUACCGUCAGUGCGGCCGCAGCGGGUGUAGCAAAUGCUAUCCCUACCACUUCCGAAGAACUUCAAGCCCAGCUCGCCGAUGCGAAAGCCACGAUCUCGAAUCUAAGGCAACAGCUCGAGACAUCUACGGGCCUGCGCCAGCGCAAGACCGAGCCCACGCGAGACUCCAAGGAACAGUUGCAAACUGCUGUGAGCACCCAGCAAGCGCCUGGCGGCGUACCCAUCCACAUUGCGGCCCUCCUGGCCCUGUUCAGCUUUCUUCUCGCGUAUUUCUUGUUCUGA